ACCAACCGCUAAUAACGUUAUCAACCCGCAGCAUCCACACGAUCAGAAUUGAAUUUUCAUCGCACUCGGAAGCAUCCACAAACUCCUCUAACCAUGACGAUCGCGCGGUACUAUUCUGCUGGUGCACUGUCGACCGCGAAAACGAACGCUCUGUUGGAAUCGCUGAAAGCGGUCAACCCACGUGUGCGAUCGUUAGAGACAGAGAAAUGUUUCUACGUGCAGAACAAUCGCUACAAGCAGCUGCCGGCGGAUGUCGAUGCCAAGCUGCACUGGAUACUGAAGGAAUCGGACACUGUGGAACAGCUGUCCGCCAAGGCGGGACUAUUGGCAGGCCCUAGUCAGGUGUUGAUUGAGAUCGGCCCGCGAUUCAAUUUUUCCACCGCCAGCAGUACGAACAGUGUCGGUAUCUGCCACAAUUUGGGGCUAGAUUUUAUCGAUCGUAUUGAGGUAUCGACCCGUUACCUGGUGGGAUUGGACGGACCGGUUGGAAAGGAUGAGGUGACAAUCGUUUCUUCCCUGCUGCCAGCGCUUCACGAUCCAAUGACACAAUGCCAGUACACGGAACGUAACAUUCCGACGAACGAUUUCUACGAGACGGUAUCACGGUCGAAAGAGGAUUGGUAUUUUGUUCCGCUGCUGGAACAGGGUCGUCGUGCGCUGGAAGAAAUUAAUGUGAAAAAUGGACUCGCGUUCGACGAAUGGGAUCUGGAGUACUAUACUAACCUGUUCGUGAAGGUGCUCAAGCGGAACCCUACGAACGUGGAGCUUUUCGACUGUGCGCAGUGCAACAGCGAACAUUCGCGCCAUUGGUUCUUCAAGGGAAAAAUUACGGUCGAUGGAAAACCGAAGAAGCAGUCGCUGAUCGAGAUGAUCUGCGAUACGCAGCGACACACGAACCCGAACAACACGGUCAAGUUUAGCGACAACAGUAGCGCUAUCAAGGGCUAUCAAUAUACGGCGCUACGUGCUUCUUGUUUCGAUGGUCCCGGUAAGUUUGUGCAGCGCUCAGUGCAGUCGGAUCUGAUCUUUACGGCCGAAACGCACAACAUGCCGACGGCGGUUUCACCGUUUAGUGGGGCCACUACCGGAACUGGUGGUCGGUUGCGUGAUGUGCAGAGCAUUGGUCGUGGUGGAUUGCCGAUUGCCGGUACGGCGGGCUACUGCGUGGGUAUGCUGAACAUCCCGGGGCAGAAGCUACCGUAUGAGAGUGAGCAGGAUUAUCCGGGAUCUUUCGCACGACCUCUGAAGGUGCUGAUCGAGGCAAGCGAUGGUGCAUCGGAUUAUGGUAACAAGUUUGGCGAGCCGGUGAUUUGUGGGUUUGCGAUUUCGUUCGGUACGGUACAGGCGGAUGGUCGGCGAAAGGAGUAUGUGAAACCGAUCAUGUUUAGUGGCGGUGUCGGCACGAUGGAUUCGGAUUUGGUAGACAAGCAGGAUCCCAAAAAGGGUAUGUUGCUGGCUAAAAUCGGUGGUCCCGUUUACCGUAUCGGGGUAGGUGGCGGUGCGGCCAGUUCGGUCGAGGUGCAAGGUGACAGCACCAACACGGACCUUGACUUUAACGCAGUGCAACGAGGCGACGCUGAGAUGGAAAACAAGCUGAACCGUGUAGUGCGCGCUUGUAUCGAGCUGGGCGACCGUAACCCCAUCCUGGCCAUCCACGAUCAAGGCGCCGGUGGUAACUGUAACGUGCUGAAGGAAUUAGUCGAACCGGGUUGCGCCGGUGCAGUGAUCUUUUCCAAAGCAUUCCAACUCGGCGAUCCGACUAUCUCCACUCUGGAGCUUUGGGGUGCCGAGUAUCAGGAGAAUAAUGCUGUAUUAUUGGACGCACGCGACCGCGACCUGCUGCAACGCAUCUGCGAUCGCGAAAGAUGUCCGGUUUCGUUCGUUGGACAGGUAACGGGCACUGGGUUUGUGACACUGCUCGAGCAAGAGUUCGAUGGCACUGCAGAAAAGUUUGCCGAUCGUACAAAGUGCGCCCGGGAGCUUUCGCACGUACCGUUCGAUAUGCAUCUCGAUCACGUGCUAGGCAAGAUGCCCCAGAAGGAAUUCCAUCUGCAACACAUGGACGAACGAUUGGACGAGUUCCAGCUUUCGUCGAAAGUGAAGCUAGCAGACUCGCUGAAUCUGGUUCUUUCUGCUGCCACGGUUGGUAGUAAACGCUACCUGACGAACAAGGUGGAUCGGUCGGUCACGGGACUGAUCGCUCAACAACAGUGUGUCGGUCCGCUGCAUACACCUCUGGCCGAUUUUGGGCUGGUAGCGGUAUCACACUUUGCGCGCGAGGGCAUUGCAACGUCAAUCGGUGCCCAACCGAUCAAGGGUCUGGUCGAUCCGGCAAAGGCUGCCCGAAUGACGGUGGCGGAAGCGCUUUCUAAUCUGGCGUUUGUUGGCAUUAGCGAGUUGGCGGACGUGAAGUGCUCGGGCAACUGGAUGUGGGCCGCAAAGGUUCCUGGCGAAGGCGCCAAGCUAGUCGAUGCGUGUGAAGCUAUGUGCGAACUGAUGAGUCAGCUGCAGAUUGCAAUCGACGGUGGAAAAGAUUCCCUUUCGAUGGCGGCACGCGUGAAUGGAGAAACGGUUGUUAGCCCAGGAACGCUCGUCGUAUCCACGUACGCUCCGUGUCCGGACGUGACGGUAAAGGUGACGCCCGAUUUGAAGGCGGCCUCGCUAGGAACGGACACUGCGUUGCUGUUUGUAGCGAUUGAAGGGCUGCGUUUCCGGCUCGGUGGAUCCGUAUUGGCACAGUGCUACGGUAAGCUUGGUGGCGAGUGCCCCGAUGUGACCAAUGCCCAGUGCUUGAAGAAUGCGUUUAACGUGACGCAGGAACUGUUGCGCAAAGGAUGUCUGCUGUCCGGACACGAUUGUAGCGAUGGUGGUCUGAUUACCACACUGCUCGAGAUGGCUUUCGCUGGAUUGACGUCGAUCGAGAUUAACCUGGAACAGUUGCUGUCUUCGAGUGAUGUUUCCAACAUGGAAGCAUCCGCCAUUCGGGUGCUGUUUGCGGAAGAAUGUGGCUGGGUGCUGGAAGUGAAGCAACAACACGCUGCUGAGGUGCUGGAUGCAUUCCGAAAGGCCUCCGUUCCUUGCUACCCAGUAGGCCGUGGUGUCGCAGUGGCCGAUCUACAUUCACCCCAGUCCGUGAUGGUUCGUGCCGGUGGCAAAGCGUUGUUGCUACAGGACAGUCUGUUCAAUCUGUUCAAUCGUUGGGAAUCGACUAGCUUCGAGAUUGAAAAGCUCCAGAAAGCAAAGGCAAGUGCGAUUGAAGAAUAUACGGGCAUUGAGCGUCGUACCGGACCGCAUUACACGGUCAGCUUCAAUCCGGAUACGGUGUACGCUGAUCUGAAGCUAAGCACGACCGGACCGAAAGUGGCCUUGAUUCGCGAAGAAGGAACCAACGGUGAUCGCGAGAUGGCGGCUGCUCUUUUCAGCGCCGGUUUCGAGGUGCAUGAUGUGGUGAUGAACGAUCUGCUGCAAGGUCGCACUACGCUCGAUCGCUACCGUGGCAUCGUGUUUCCUGGUGGUUUCAGUUACGCCGACACUCUCGGUUCGGCCAAGGGAUGGGCCGCCUGCAUCCAGUACAAUGGCACGAUCGCCCCGCAGUUCGAACAUUUCCGCCAGCGCAAGGACACGUUUUCGCUCGGCGUGUGCAACGGUUGUCAGCUAAUGGGGCUGAUCGGUUGGGUCGAAACGGGGCUUGCAGCGGUACCCACUGCCACUGCCAGCGUGCCGGAGAUAGUGCUGGUAGGCAAUCGGUCGGAAAAGUUUGAAAGCCGUUGGGUAACGCUGCGCGUUCCGGCGAGUCGAUCGAUCAUGUUGCGCCGUUUGGCCGGCAGUGUGCUCGGAUGCUGGGUGGCGCAUGCUGAAGGACGAUUCUCGUUCCGCACCGAUGCCACGCGUGACCGUUUGCUGGUGAGCCAGUGUGUUACGAUGCAGUACGUGGAUGACGCGUGCAAUCCGACCGAAACGUACCCGAUGAAUCCAAACGGGAGCCAGCUAGGCAUUGCGGGAGUUUGCUCGCCUGAUGGGCGUCAUCUAGCGAUCAUGCCUCACCCGGAGCGUUGCGUACAGAUGUGGCAGUGGCCGUACGUGACGAGCGAUUUCCCGUACAAAAACGCUUCACCAUGGAUGUCCAUGUUCCAGGAGGCUUACCUGUGGUGCCAACAGUGAGGACAUCUGAUUCGUCUCCUAAUACCAUUCCAGGUAAUCGCAAAAGUGUAUCUGAUUCAUUUUCCCCCUUCUUCAAUCUGAUCACUUUUUUAUUCUAUUUAAUUGGAGUGCUUUAGUCGUAAAGCUAAAAGCAUCUUUCGCUACCCCUUCGUUUGUCUCGUACUGUGGUGAGAGGAUUACCUAUCCGAUGCCAUCAAACGGCACCGUCCUAGACUAAGAACCGUGCUAAGCCAUUGAAAUAAACGUUCUUCAAGUUAAUCACAAUUUA